AUGUAUUCUACCGGUUUGGAGAUCCUCGGGAUCAUUCUGGCUGUGGCUGGCUGGCUGGGAGUAAUGGUGACCUGUGGCCUGCCUAUGUGGAGAGUGGCUGCCUACAUCGGCCAGAACAUUGUCAUCUCUCAGGUUAUCUGGGAAGGCUUGUGGAUGAACUGUUCUGUACAGAGCACAGGACAGAUGCACUGCAAGGUGCAUGACUCCAUGCUGGGGCUUCCAGUUGACCUGCAAGCAGCUCGUGCCUUGGUCAUCAUCUCUCUGGUUCUUUGCAUUGUGGGCAUCAUUUUGUCAGUGGCUGGUGCCAAGUGCACCAACUGUAGCCGGGAUGUGAGCAGUAAACCUCGCCUCAUGGUGGCUGCUGGGGUGACAUUUGUGGUGGCUGGACUGCUGCUUCUUGUGGCUGUGUCCUGGACAGCUCACGCCAUUGUCCUGGGCUUCCAUGACCCCAUGCUGGAGGAGACAGGGAAGAGGGAGACCCUCAGCAUGUCUAUAGGGCUGGAGUUGAUCGGCAUUUCCCUCUGCAUUUUAGGAUGGCUUAUUGCCAUUGUGGCUUGUGCCCUCCCGAUGUGGAGGGUGACAGCCUUCAUUGGCAGCAACAUUGUGACAGCUCAGAUCAUCUGGGAGGGCCUGUGGAUGACUUGCGUGGUCCAGAGCACUGGACAGAUGCAGUGUAAGGUGUAUGACUCUAUGCUCGCCCUCUCCCAAGAUCUUCAAGCUGCCCGAGCUCUCACGGUCAUCUCCAUCCUGUUAGCAAUCCUGGCUUUGCUCAUUGCUAUUGCUGGGGCCAAGUGCACCAACUGCAUUGAAGACGAGGCAUCCAAGGCUAAAGUGAUGAUCAUCUCUGGAGUCUUCUUCAUUGUAUCAGGUGUCAUGCAGCUCAUUCCUGUCUCCUGGUCUGCGAACACCAUAAUCAGGGAUUUCUACAAUCCGUUACUCACUGAUGCUCAGCGGAGGGAGCUGGGGGCUGCAAUGUAUAUUGGCUGGGGAGCCGCUGCACUCCUGAUUCUGGGUGGUGGACUGCUCUGUUUCUCCUGUCCACCUCGUGAGACACGAUACAACCCUUCACGAAUGGCUUAUUCUGCCCCACGGUCUGUCGGUGGCCCAGGUUUAGAAAGGAAAGACUAUGUAUGA